AUGGAAUGCGUAGGAAAAAUUAGCUUUGCUUUCCCUCCCCAAACAGGUAUCAAACCAGAUCCUGAUGCUUACUUCGAAGGGGAAAAAAUACAACUCUCCAGAAAUGAAUUUGUGGGUAAUUUGACACGGAGUGUAGGCUGGGCCACUUACAACCAACCAAUUCCUCUUUGGAACAAGCCUUCGGGGGCUCUCGCAAGUUUUACAUCAUAUUUUCAGUUCGUUAUUGUAAGCACCAGCAUGCUUUCAGGGGACGGACUCACUUUCUUUUUCGCCCCUUUCGACUCUAAACCACCUUCAAGUGGUUGGGGCAGUUUGCUGGGCCUUUAUAAUCGAACCACAGAUGGUAAAAUUACAAAUCCUGUAGUGGCCGUCGAGUUCGACACAUUCAAGGAUGAAUUUGACCCCGAUGAUAACCAUGUGGGAAUUGACGUCAACUCACUUGUUUCCAAGGCCAUCUUUUCGCUUAACUCUGAACCUGAAUUCCUAAACAAAACUCUCAAAAAUGGAAGAGCUUGGGACGCGUGGGUAGAUUAUGAUGGGAGUACAAAAAAGUUACAGGUAUUUCUUUUGUCUAACCCUUCUACUAAUCUCAAUAAUAUUACUAAACCCAGAAGCCCGAUUUUGACAUAUCACAUAGAUCUCCGUAGCUUUUUUCCGGAGGAGGUCAGGUUUGGCCUCUCCACAACCAUUGGAAUAGCUGCAAUAGAAACCCACACAGUCUCAGCGUGGAAUUUUUCUUGUACAUAUUCAUGGGAUAUUUCCUCCCCAUCAAGAACUCAAUAUGGUAGGAGGAAAAUUAUUAUGAUAUCCCUCUUCGUCUGCUUCGUGGGCAUCUGCUAUUUUUUGUGUAUUGCCAGGCGGUGGUACUUCAAACUGAGAGAAGCAAGGCGUGAGGAAGGAGACAUAGAGCUAGACGAACAGUUAGCUCAAGGCCCGUUCAAGUUCUCUUAUGCUCAACUCAACGAGGCUACCCGUAACUUCAGCAAGGAUGAAUUACUGGGAAAAGGAGGCUUCGAAGGAGUCUACAGAGGCAUCUUGCCUACAACCAAUGAGACAGUGGCCAUAAAGAGAAUAGCCCAAGGAUCGAGGCAGGGAAGGAAAGAGUAUAUCUCAGAGGUUACAAUAAUCAGUAAGUUGAGACACCGUAACCUUGUGCGACUCUUGGGAUGGUGCCAUGAACAAGGAGACUUGCUUCUUGUUUACGAGUUUCUCCCGAAUGGAAGUCUCGAUAAAUAUAUAUUCAAUGAAAGCAAGGUUUGUUUGAAUUGGCAGCGAAGGUACAGCGUUGCUUGUGGGAUAGCAUCUGCUUUGAUUUAUCUUCAUGAGGAGUGGGAUCAGCGCAUAGUUCACAGAGACGUGAAGGCCAGCAAUGUGUUGUUGGACUCAAAUUUCAAUGUAAAGUUGGGGGAUUUUGGUCUGGCAAGAGUGGUAGAAUCUGAUCACGCUGCCGCGAGUACAACCAUGGUUACAGGAACACGUGGGUAUUUAGCACCAGAGUAUAUAGAAACUGGGAAGGCGAGCCCAGAAUCAGAUGUGUAUAGUUUUGGAGCUGUGGCUUUGGAAAUUGCCUGUGGAAGACAACCCAUUGAUUACACCUUAAAAGAAUACGAUUUCAGAGUGGUGGCCUGGGUAUGGGGUUUGCGUAAACAAGGGAAGAUUUUGGAUGCGGCAGACAAAAAGCUAGAGGGGAAUUUCAAUAUUGAGGAAAUGGAACGGUUGAUGUUAGUGGGAUUGUUAUGUUCUCAUCUGGACCCAAAAGCAAGACCCAGGAUGAGAGAGGUAUUAAAGAUCAUAGAAUUUGACUCUCCAUUGCCGUAUGUUCCUGUGAAUAUGCUUGUAGUUGUAUAUGGUGAUGCUCUUAAUUCUUAUGCUGGGUCUUCCUCAACUAUGUUGCCUUCGACACCCGAACCUCGGUCGUCCACAUAG